UAUGUUGCUGGCUUCACAUGUCUGGACUUCAGUUUUACUUUUCUUUUUAAGCUGAAGCUGGAACAGUCACACACUUUCACAACAAACAGGACGCCUCAGCUUGUCUGGACUUUUUGAAAUUACUGUUGUGUUUUUAAAGAAAAGGAGAGUUGGAUCAGGACUUGAGGACCUUUUUUGGACUUUUUUACCUCCUGUUUUGGAGUAAACUAAGCAUUUUCAUGGGGGAAUCUCUCCCAAGGGUCCACGGAGGGGCCCAGCAACACAGUGACACUUUGCGCAGACCAGUGCAUACUCUCAGGGUUAAGAUGGUCCUGCUGGGGAGCUCUGGUGUUGGAAAGUCGAGUCUGGCUUUGCGAUUUAGCAAGGAUGAGUUCAGGAGUACAUCGCCCACUGUAGGCUGUGCCUACCUCACCCAGGUGGUGCAUCUGAGUAAUGCCACUCUUCGCUUUGAAAUAUGGGACACGGCAGGCCAGGAAAAAUACCACAGCGUCACUCCGCUGUACUACAGGGGAGCCCACGUAGCACUUUUGGUCUAUGAUAUCACGCAAAGGGAAACAUUUGUCAGAGCUCAGGUGUGGCUCAAAGAGCUCGAGAAACAGUACAUACCAGGAUCUACUGUUAUAUGGCUGGUAGGCAACAAAGGAGAUCUGGCUCACGAUCGGCAAGUGCCACUGGAGGAAGGAGAAAGUCUAGCCAGUAACAAGGGCUUGUACUUCAUUGAGACCUCAGCCCUCUCUGGAGAGCAAGUCAAUGAGCUGCUGCAGUCUGUAGCCCACAGAGUGUUCGAGUGCAUUGGAGCACAGCAGGGAGGUCUGACAGAGUGGCAGGAGACGCCGACUGUGGAUCUGCGCCACAAAGACUCAUUCAAUCUGUUUGCAUCCUGCUGCAAAGUUGGACCUUAAGCUGUGUGACUGCCAGUGGCUUGGCUGCCUGUUUCUGUUGUGUCUUUCUGUUUGUCUUAAUUAUUUCAAAGCUAGGAUACGUAACACGACAAUAAAAUGCUUGUGGAUUUUGGAA